AUGACAGUAGAAAUUGCACCAGAAUUUUCUACUCAUAAUGAAUUCAGAAGUGAUACUUUCACCGUGCCUACCAAGGCCAUGUUAGAGUCCAUCCAAAACAGCACAUUUGGAGACUCGGUGUAUAACGAAGACAAGACUACGUUGAUGUUGGAGAAGAAAAUGUGCCAGUUGACUGGAAAACCAGCAGCUUUAUUCUGUGUUAGUGGAACGUUAUCCAACCAAAUUGGAUUAAGAGCCAACUUGUUCCAGCCACCAUAUUCGAUUUUAUGUGACUAUAGGGCACAUGUUUUCAUUCACGAAGCCGGUGGAUUGGCUACCUUGUCACAAGCCAUGGUACACCCGGUACAUCCUUCUAAUGGAGUAUACUUGACGUUGGAAGACAUUGCAGAAAAUAUCACUCCUGACGAUGGAGACAUCCAUGCGGCACCUACUAAGCUCAUCUCAUUAGAAAACACCUUACACGGAACUAUCAUGCCUAUAGAAGAGAUUGCCAGGAUCAGUGCUUUUGCUAAAGAGAAUAAUAUUAAAUUGCAUUUAGAUGGGGCCAGAUUGUGGAAUUCUGCCGCGGAAACGGGUAUUUCGAUUGAGAAAUAUUGCUCAUACUUCGACUCGGUUUCGUUAUGUCUUUCGAAGUCGAUCGGAGCUCCAGUCGGUUCCAUCUUGGUUGGAGAGCCUACCCUCAUUGCGAAGGCCAACCAUUUCAAGAAACAAAACGGUGGUGGUAUCAGGCAAGCCGGUAUUUUGGCGUCGAUGGCUAUGGUGGCUAUUGAUGAGAAUUUCGCAAAAUUGCCUUACUCGCAUUCCCUCGCUAAAGAUGUCGCAAGCUUCUGCGAAGAACACGGAAUCGCCUUGGAAAGUCCCGCUCAUACCAAUUUUGUAUUCAUUGAUCUUGUCAAAAACAAGAUGGAUGACUCAUUACUCAUUGAAUUAGGUAAAAAGUACAAUGUUAAGUUGAUGGGUGGUAGAAUCGCAUUCCACUACCAAUUAUCCGAAGAGAGUGUUGAAAAUGUCAAGAGGGCUAUAUUGGAAUGUUACCAAGAUGCAUUAAAGAACCCAUACACCAAAACCAAGUGCAACAAGAAAAUGUACAAUUUUGAUGCCAUCAAGAAUUCAUUAGUCUCUAAUUAA